AUGCCUGUCAGACUUCGAUCGACGUCUACGUCAACGCCUCUUGGAGGGGCCAAUGAAAAUCUUGCAACGUCUUUUGGUUGGGCCAUUCUGCAAUGCCCCUUUACCUGGCGUUCGCACCAACCUGGCAAGACUGAUCAAAAGUGGAUUAUUCUUUCCGGCUGCCGGGCCAACUGGCAGGCAUCACAUUAUAUCCUCUCUUUGGUCAAUCCCAGGGCAAUAACUGGCCGAGAAGUCUCCGCCUUGCCUAUCUACACUCUUGAUGUGCGCUUGAACACACAUUUGCAUGACUGCCAUGGCAACUUUAGGAUAUAG